ACCGUGCGGCUUGACCACAGUGCCGCAUCCGAUUACAAACAAUACGCAGAAAAGGAUAACAACACACAUUCUACGCUAAACACAAUACUUUACGCACCAAUUUUUCAUAAAUAGUUAGUUAAGAAGUUGGUGAAAUGUAUUACUACUUCCUAGAAACUAUUACAAAUAACCAAAGAUUACCAAAAACGGACAAAUAGGGAAAAAAACAAAAGAAACAAGAACGGUGCAACCCAAAAAAACACAGCUGCACCGUAACAUAACAAGAUUAUGCCGUACUCGGUAACAUUUCUGCGUUCCGGAAAUAAACUUACCCGUCCACCAACGCCAACAUCUGUCGUCACCACGUUCCCGGCACGAGCAAGAGGGCUGGAAUAAAACGAUCCUCACUGAAAUAGAGCGCACAUAAGCAAACGGCUGCGUAAACGAUCGUGUUGAUGCAGUAUUCUUCGCUGCUGGUACUGGCACACUCGUUCCAUUACCACGCCAACUGUGAUCGUGAGCGGUUCACGCGGUAACUGCGUAUCCAGUGUCGACCGGGGGUGUAUCUAGCACAUAUGUGUUUUAUCCAUCAUCAACUGUUGGUGCGCAUCGGCAGUGUUGAGUGAAACGAGUGAAAUUUUCUUCAUACAUACAACCUGGAAGCUGCUCUAGAGUUCUGGAAGGUUUAAACGGAUAAGAAUAUCCGUGGGUGUGCUACAGGAUGAUGGCACAUUCUUUCGCCAUCUAUUGGUGGGCAGCUUUAGUAAUCCUUUCACUAGGCUGGUUAUCUGCGGCGGCCGAUGAUGAAACUUCGAAAGAUCCCAUCAUUUUCACCGUGGCCAGCAAUGCAACCGAGGGCUACACGCGCUAUCUGCGAUCAGCAAAACAUUAUGGCCUCACAGUGACGACACUCGGUAUGGGUAAACCGUGGCUUGGAGGAAACAUGAAAUCGGUUGGUGGUGGAUACAAGAUUAAUCUACUGCGCGAAGCUCUCAAGCCGUAUCGAGCGGAGAAAGAUCGGCUCGUGCUGUUCACCGACAGCUACGAUGUGCUGUUCUUAGCCCCGUGGACAAAGAUCCUGGAAAAGUUUGCUUCCUUCGAAGCAUCCAUAGUGUUCGGUGCGGAGGGAUUCUGCUGGCCGGAUGAAUCGCUUAAAAGUGCCUAUCCUCCGCUCGAGGGCCGCGGUAUGCGUUUCCUGAACUCUGGGUUGUUUAUGGGAUAUGCCGACAAGCUGUACAAGCUACUGAAAACUCCGUCGAAGGAUACGGAAGAUGAUCAACUGUACUACACGAAAGCCUACUUGGACGAAGAUCUACGACAAGAGCUUAACAUUAAGCUCGAUCAUAUGGCCACACUGUUCCAGAACUUGAAUGGUGUGGAAGAGCAGGUUGUACUGUCGUUGGAACCGGCCGAAAAGGAAGCUACGCUGACAAACUCCGAAUACAACACGAAACCUGCCAUCGUGCACGGCAACGGUCCCAGCAAGUUGACGUUAAAUAGUUACGCCAACUAUCUCGCCGGAGCAUUUGUUGAUGGUGAGUGCAAAACGGUACAGGAGGAUCGAUUGACCCUCGACAACGAUGCACCACUACCACUCGUCACGAUGGCUCUGUACGUCGAAAAGCCAACACCAUUCCUGGAGGAAUGGUUCGAAACGAUUGCAAAGCUUAACUAUCCUGCCGAUCGGUUGGAUGUGCUGAUACACUCAAACGUGGCGUAUCAUGCGGCGACAGUAAAAUCUUUCCUCGAUCGCCAAGACGGGCGCUAUCGUUCGCUCAAGGUAAUAGACCACGAUGCGGACUUUACCGAAAUGGCAGCCCGUAACUUUGCCACGAAGCAUUGUGCGCUGCGCAGUUGCGAAUAUCUAUUCGUCGUUGAUUCGGAAGGACAUUUAGACGAUGUGAACGUGCUACGAUCGCUUAUCGAAGCGAACCGGAAUGUGAUCGCACCGGUACUGACACGUCCGGAGAAAGUUUGGAGCAACUUUUGGGGCGCUCUCAGUGGUCAAGGUUUCUAUGCACGGUCGAACGACUAUAUGGACAUCGUGGGCCGCAAACUGCUCGGCCUGUGGAAUGUUCCCUUUAUCUCGAUCGUGUACCUGGUGAAGCGUGCCGUGCUUCCUGACGUCAGCUAUGAACUGCAGGAAACGGAUCCCGAUAUGGCCAUGUGCUGGCAUUUCCGUUCCAAGGGCAUCUUUAUGCAUGUGAUCAAUGUUGAGCAGUACGGGCAUCUGAUCGAUACCGAGUACUUCGAUAUGACGCGCACCCAUCCGGACUUUUACCAGUUGUUUAAUAACAGACAUGACUGGGAACAGCGCUACCUGGCGCCGGAAUAUAAGCAACAGCUCGAAGAAAGCUUUGUACCAAAGCAACCCUGCCCGGAUGUGUAUUGGUUCGCGCUCGGGUCCGAUCGCUUUUGUGAUGAUUUACGAGAAAUCGUAGAAGCGUUCGGUGAAUGGUCAGAUGGGUCACAUUCGGACAAACGUUUGCAGGGUGGAUAUGAGGCUGUCCCGACGCGAGACAUUCACAUGAACCAGGUGGGACUGGAGCAGCUGUGGUUAAAGCUGCUGCAGCUGUAUGUCCGUCCACUGCAGGAGAAAAUGUUCAUCGGUUAUUUCCACGAUCCACCACGAUCGCUGAUGAACUUUGUCGUGCGUUAUCGUCCGGACGAGCAACCAUCACUGCGACCCCAUCACGAUUCGUCAACGUACACGAUUAACGUCGCGCUCAACUCGGUCGGCGUUGAUUACGAGGGCGGCGGUUGCCGAUUCCUGCGCUACAACUGCUCCGUUACCGACACGCGCAAGGGCUGGAUGCUGAUGCAUCCGGGGCGCUUGACGCACUUCCACGAGGGUCUGGUAACGACCAAGGGAACACGCUACAUUAUGAUUUCUUUCGUCGAUCCGUAAAAGGGUUGCGCGCACGACUGCCUUCCUACAACUCAACCAGCGCAAGAAACCAUGCAAGCCAUCAUACCCCUUUUCCAAUUAUAAUCUCCUAUUUUGCCAUGCGGAAGAGAAGCAUCGCAGCGUUUGUAUUGCACAUAGCGUAUAAGAUUGUGUUCAUUCUAGUUUCUUUGUGGGAAGGGAAUCAGCUGUGCCAUUAGAGUUAAUAUGUGACGGUAUGCUUAUUUGGGUCGCAUACUUGUAGGUUUUAAUAAUAAAAAAUCGAACGAAUCAAACUAACAAACAA